GCGAAGGCGGGAUCACCGAGGAUCCCAAGGAGGCACCAGGUGGGGACACCAUGGAGGUUGACAUCGGCGAGGAUGAGGGGACGAGGGGUGUUGUGACAGGCGGCCUUGCUACUGCAGGGAGGGCCAGUUCCUCGCAGGCUGUGGUGCAGGGGGCGCGCAGACGUUGCCCGAUGAGGCAGAUGAGCAUCUGGGGGUUUGCGAAGAACUCAAGGCAGGAGGAUAUAGAUGACUCCUCCUGCGAGUUCUUCAUGGAGAACCCCAUACCGUUCAACGCUGCCAGAAGCAAGAGCUUCAAGUUCAUGCUGACGUGUAUCGGACCACAGCCUGUGGGGAGUCAUCCACUCGUGGCUACUGGGUACAACCCCCUCAGGUGUCGCCUGCUCGAUCGUUUGAACAAGAGGUUGGUGGAUGAGGAGCAGACAAUCCGUGACGACUGGCAAGUGACUGGCUGUAUGUUCAUAACUGAUGGCACCACAAACAUCUGUGGGCGAUCACUUAUGAACUACAUCCUCGCAGGCCGAUCGAAGCCUGUUUUCAUGAAGUGCGAGGAUGUGAGCGAGGGAGAUAAGGACUCUGCAGCUGUCGUUGUCGGGUGGAAGCGGUUCUUCAGAGAGUGGGGGGUGGAGAAGAUCACGGCGAUAUGCACUGACUCUUUCGCCGGGAACACGAGUGCUGCGAGGAUGUUGAGGGAGGACCCCGAGUUCGCGCAAAUCUAUUGGAUCCCUUGCACGGCGCAUUGCAUGGACCUCCUGAUGCACAAUAUAGGUAAGAAGGAGUGGGCGGAUGACAUCAUCACCAAGGCCAACAAAAUAGUGAACUUCUUCCGGGUUCACAGGUGGCCUCGGUCGGAGUUGAGAACGCAACUGUUGAAGUACACUGACUUGAAAUGCACCUGCCUCCUUCGGCCUGCUCAGACAAGGUUUGGGACGAACUAUGUGAUGCUGCAGCGACUCGAGGUGUGCGAGAGGGCCAUCGUGCGUAUCGUGACCGGACACGGUUGGGAGACCAUGUUGUGGCAAGGGGAUAUUAGGGCAAAGGCCUACUUUGUGGAGGAGACAAUUCUUGACAAAGCAUUAUGGACUGAUGUCAAGAAGCUGACUGCCGUCAUGAAGGGGCCUUAUAAUGUGUUGCGAGAGGUGGACAAAGAUGUCCACUACUUGUCACGAAUCUAUGAUAUGGCGUGUCGGCUGCCUGGCUUCGUUCGCUCGGCCCCCCUCUCUGCGGACGAGCGAGAUGACCUUCUCAGGGAUGUCGGCAACAGGACGAACAUGCUGCUCAGCCCCAUCCAUGCCGUUGCACGUCUGCUGGAUCCUAUGUUGAGGGACAUUACCGAUGGGGCCACUGUUGCAGGAUGGUGGUUGGGGCUCGCAGCCGACUGGGAGGACGAGGACUUGGAGGGUGACAUGGCAAAUGUCACAGAGGCAGUUGAUGACAUUGAGGUAGCUGGUGAGGGCACUGCUUCUGCGGUUGGCAGCAGAAACAUUCGCCCCGAUCCCACAGCGCCGUCCACUUCUAGAUCGGUGCAGAGGUUGGUGGAGGUGGAGGAGGAGGAGGAGGAGGAGGAGGAGGCCGAUGAGGACGAUGACGAUGAUAUCCCCGAUGAGGAGUGGGUAGACGAGAGAUCGGACUCAGAAAGAUCGUGGACGAGGAGAGAGGGCAUGAUCCCCUAUGUUGAAGGCACACCUAGAUUGAGGUCCCAGAUGCGGGCGCGGCCAGAGGCUCAGCAAAGGGAGCUGCAACAGGAGCAACAGCAGCAGGAGCAGGUUGAGCAGCAGCAGGAGCAGGUUGAGCAGCAGCCGGAGCGGGUUGUGCAGCAGGAGCAGCAGCAGGAGCAGCAACAAGAGCAGCAACGCGGGCAAGGGGAUGAGGAGCAGCAGUAGCAGGGAGGGGAUGAGGAGCAGCAGCUGCAUGAGACGGAUGAGGAGCAGCCGCAGCAGAGGGAGAAGGAGCAGCAGCAGCAGAGGGUGGAUUCCGCAGUCCAGCAGGAGACCGCAGUGCGGUCGUCC